UAAAGGACGGUCCAUUUGGAUCGCGGGGGGCGCAGCUGGGUGGGGAGGUGUCUGGGGACAGCUCCCUGAAUUAAAAAAAAAGAAGAAGAAACCUCAAAAGCUCCAGGAAGGGAGUCAGUGUCUCGCUCUGAUUUUGGCCCCGUCAUGGCUGACCAAGCUCUCAGUUUCCUUAAAGACUUUUUGGCUGGUGGCGUUGCUGCUGCCAUUUCCAAAACUGCCGUAGCGCCCAUUGAAAGAGUGAAAUUGCUGCUACAGGUCCAGCAUGCCAGCCAACAGAUCACAGCCGCAACCCAAUACAAAGGGAUCAUAGACUGUGUGGUAAGGAUCCCCAAGGAGCAGGGCAUCAUUUCCUUCUGGAGAGGCAACUUGGCCAAUGUCAUCCGAUACUUCCCCACCCAAGCCCUCAACUUUGCCUUCAAGGACAAAUACAAGCAGAUCUUCCUCGGGGGUGUGGACAGGCACAAGCAAUUCUGGCGCUACUUUGCAGGCAACCUGGCCUCCGGGGGUGCUGCUGGAGCCACUUCACUUUGCUUUGUUUACCCUCUGGAUUUCGCCCGGACCAGGCUAGCUGCCGACGUGGGCAAAGGGCUGAAUGAGAGGCAGUUCACUGGGCUGGGCAACUGUAUUGCCAAGAUCUACAAAUCAGAUGGCCUCAGGGGUCUCUACCAGGGAUUCAAUGUGUCAGUCCAGGGCAUCAUCAUUUACAGAGCAGCAUAUUUUGGCGUCUAUGAUACAGCUAAGGGUAUGCUGCCUGACCCGAAGAACGUGCACAUUGUUGUGAGUUGGAUGAUAGCCCAGAGUGUAACUGCUGUCGCCGGGCUGGUAUCCUAUCCUUUUGACACUGUCCGACGUAGGAUGAUGAUGCAGUCUGGCAGGAAAGGAGCUGAUAUCAUGUACAAGGGCACAAUUGACUGCUGGAAGAAAAUAGCGAAAGAUGAAGGAGGCAAAGCUUUCUUCAAAGGCGCCUGGUCCAAUGUGUUGAGAGGAAUGGGUGGCGCUUUUGUAUUAGUCUUGUAUGACGAGAUCAAGAAAUAUGUUUAAGAGAAUCAAGCCACUUGAUUCAAACGUUCUGUUUUUGUAAUGUAUCUACAUGUGGUUUUGACGGGCAUCUAAAUAUUUCCUAGGGAAACAGAUGGCUAUGUGGGGCAAACUGAGAUGAGAGAUCAGGUUGCUUGUAUUGUAAGAUGGGCCAAUGGUUGUUCAUUAGAUCACAAUCACAACAUUUUUGUAUGGAAAAUUGAAGAGGCCUUUGUGUAUAUAAAAAUACAUUUGACAAAUAUCAGUAAUAUAUUCCUAUGUUAUAAGUACCUUUCUGGAUGAUGGCUUGUUGCACAGGAUUUAAAGAACUAGAAAUGUGAAUGCAAUAAAUACUAUAUGUAAAAUCUCUGGUUCCCCCCCCCCCUGUUUAUGGCAAAUCCUCUGUAGGCAUAGUUUCAAGGAUUGUGGCAUUUGAAACACAUGAAGAGUGUGUGGGGGGGGGCAACUCUUCUACUCACAAAUUUUUGCCAGCAAAUUACAUGUGGUUGCUGAACAGGGGCUACACAUCUCUCACUUGCAGCAGCAACAAAAUAGUCAUUUCAUUAUUUUUUUUUGGCCAUCUUUCUUCCAAUAUAGGGACCCAAGAUGGCUCACAAAUUAUUUAAAAACAGUUAUAAAAACACAGUAUGUUAUAUUAAGAAUAAUUGCAUGUAUACACUCAUAUUCUAUUACUAGCCCCAGCUAGAGUAGGUGCAUUAGCUCUGCAUGAUUUGCGUAAGGAUUGACUUAAAAUCCAGCAAUUGAUUCAACUGGUCUGCUUUCAUUGGGACAGGCAGUAAGACCUAAGACACUAAUUUGAAAUCACACAUGAGUAAUCAGUAAAACAUACAGUAUUCUGCAGUAAAACUCUUCUUGUAACACUUAAA